AUGGGCACAGGGCAAGACUCACAACUCACAACUCAGUACUCGAAAAAGCGCGGGAAACUAUCUGGUAAGUUUGUAUACUUUUUCCUCAAGGCCUGGAGUCAGGCGAAAAAAUGGACGAGCCCCCGGAUAUCGGGGGCUCGCCCCCCCGAGGUAGCUUGUAAUAUUAUAAUAGAAAAUAGAUUUUCUAAACUGGACGAGUCCAGUGUAGAUACAGAUGUGGAUCAACGGAAUGACCGAAAAAGAAUGCGACUAGGUAAAAUUUGCAAACACUGCAACAAAAGGAAAAAAAGAUUCGAUCCGACGCGUCGGAACAAACAAAAGGACACUGAUUGCUCGUGCCAAAUACCGGAAAUUGAAAUUCCCUCAAUAUGUACUGGGCUUAAGAACGCUAAUGCUCUAGAUAGUUUUCAGAACAAAGUAGACCGUGUAGAUACUGCAUCUGUUAAUACCCAACAGCACCCAUCACCUCCAUCAGACGUUUCUCAGUCCAUAAAAAAUCCUACAGGCCGAACGUUUUAUGAGGCCUAUGACAUAGGGCCAUUCGUAGUUCAUGCGCAAAAAGUUUCUUCAGAUACGGACAUCCCCUCCCUACACCCCGUCCAAUUUGGGUAUUUCCUCAAGAAAAAUUCUUUUAAAAACAUAAUUAAUGGUAGCAUCAAAAGGAUAGGCAGAAACAGAAUUUCCCUAUCAUUCUCUGACCACAAAUGUGCAAACGAAUUUAUUAAUAACCCUUGCCUGGCAAGAAAUAAUUACAAAGCUUUUAUUCCCUCAUUUAAUGUGAACCGAAUGGGCCUAGUGCGAGGCGUUCCCGCGGAAUGGUCUCCCGAAGAGAUAUUAGACAACAUCUCUCUGCCUGUAGGCAGCGGAGGAAUUAUAAAAAAGGACGACUAA